AUGGGGGGACAUACGGAUUUAUCUGAUUGUAUAAUUCAAGUAAACAAAGAUAACAAUGCAAUAAAGGGAUCAUUGAACUUCGUUCCCAUCAAAAUACAUAUGAAUGAUAAAACUAAGGAGUUUUCUAACAAUUUCAUAGUAACUAACACCCCGAUACAAUUGGGCAAUAAUAAACAAUGGAAUAGAUUAGAGACGUUUUUGAGAGGAGCCAAACUCAUAGGUACAGAUAUUAGUUUGCAUGACAACGAAACUUUGAUAUUAAGUCAGAGAGAAAUUCAAGACAAUGAUUCUUUAAGUACUACGUGUGAUCCAAAACAAAUAUACGUAGUAGAUUCAACGAUAGAUAAAAUGUUGAACUUUGAAAGAGAGGGGAAUGAACAGAGGAUAGAGGAAGAACUUAAUAAAUUCUAUGAAUACAUUCAAUUAAAUAAUUUGCUUCAUAAUAAUGAUAUAUAG